AUGAACUCAUCCCAAUUCAGUUCAUUUAUACUAACUGGAUAUAGCAACACUGGACAGUUGAAUUACUUGUAUUUCAUUAUAAUAACUAUGUUAUAUAUAUCUAUAUUGUUUUCCAACACAUUGUUUGUUGUGGUUAUUUGUUUGGAGAGAAAACUUCACAAACCCAUGUAUCUGUUUUUGUGUAGUUUGUUUGUAAAUGACUUGUUUGGAAGCAUUGCUUUGUUUCCUGCUCUCAUGACUAAUUUGAUUUCAGAUGACCAUUCAGUUUCUACUGUGCACUGUUUUCUACAGAUCUUUUGUAUAUAUUCAUAUGCAAAUAUUGAAUUUGUUAAUGUAGCCGUUAUGUCCUAUGACAGGUACUUAGCUAUAUGUUAUCCACUACAGUAUACCAUCCUUAUGACACCCAAGAAUGUGUGUGUUUUAGUCUUUCUCAUAUGGUUGUGUAUGUUUGUACAUAUGUUUAUAAAUGUGUCUUUAACUGUUCGUUUGGAAUUCUGUGGGAAUGUUAUAGACAAAUUGUUUUGUGAUAACUACCUUGUAGUGAAACUCGCCUGUUCAGCCUCUGAUGCAGCAGUUAAUAACAUCUAUGGCCUCUUAAGUUAUUAUUUUAUAGUUGCGGUCGUGUUUUUUACAAUUGUUUUCUGUUAUACUGCGAUUCUGACUAUUUGUCUGAAAUCUUCCAUUGCGACCAGAAAGAAAGCUUUGAGCACCUGUACUCCUCAUUUGGCCUCACUUCUCAACUUCUGUUUUGGUUGUUUCUUUACUGUGAUCCAGAGUAGAUUUGACAGGCCAAUGAAUAAUGUUCCAAUUGAAGUUAAGACUAUAUUAUCAGUGUAUUUUGUGAUUUGCCAGCCACUUUUUAACCCUAUUGUGUAUGGAGUCAGGAUGUCUAAACUUAGACAGGCUUGUAGAAAUAUAAUACCUGUAUAUCUGCACCCGAAACCUUAA